AUGAUUCUCCUUCUGCUGGGCUUUUCGUUAGUGACAGCCGACGAUGUGUCCUGGUCCGACGAUAUCGGCCUCAAGUCUCCUGGAUGCACAAACAAGUUUCAAAUGGUUAAGGUGUUAAACUGGGUCGAUGGUGUUAAAGGUGACUACUUUACUGGCUUAACUGCUCAAUUUGAAGCAUCGGUGCCUUCUUAUGCUGAUCAAAGCGUUAGUUAUGAUUUGUUAUCAGAUCUUGAUGAGAUGGGAUGUAUGGAAAAGGAUACAUCUUUAAAUUUGAGCUUCUGUUGUAUGCACCAAAACGUCCUGUUGUGGACUUAA